AGUAGAGAUCCGUCGGCGAUAAAAUAAAGCGACAUCGUGUCUAUUUUUCUUUGCUAAAGGGGCAUUUUCAUGGGUUUGCCUUGGUAUUGUGUUCAUAUUAUCGUAUUGAAUGAUUCGGGUCGAUUGCUUGCGGUGCAUAUAAUAUACACAGCUCUAGUUUCUGGUUGGACUGGCUCAAUGGCUUUAUACGAAUUAGCAGUUUUUGAUCGACACGGACGUGUCCGUCGAUGCUUAUGGUCUCCGCUUUGGGCGUUGGAGAUGCCCUGAUUCCACGGUCGCUGCGAACCGGUCUCAGUUAUCGGCCAAAUCACCCCCUUCCUCGUGUUACAUCUCGACGAAUUAUUUUCCUGAACCUAAUUAUUCGCGGCGCUCGGUCCCACUUCGCGGCAGAAGAACACCGCCGCCGCCGCCGUCACAGGAAUUCCUUGCCAUGGAGGGCGUUGGCGCGCGGUUAGGGCGCUCGUCGGCCCGUUACGGCCCCGCGAUGACGUUCACGGGGCCCGUUAGGAAGUGGCGGAAGGAAUGGGUCACCAUCUCCGCCGCCACGGCCACGGCCACCUCCGCCGCGGCCUCCUCCACCGGGACUGGAUCUCGUGGAAAUAACCUCAUCCUGUUCAAGUGGACCCCGCUGAACGGCGCCAACGAAGGAGAUGAGGAGCAGACGGCACCGGCGAAGACGGCCACGAGAAGGCGGCGGUACGUGCCGGUUUCUGUAGUUCAAGAUCAAAGGCAAGAAUCUGCCAAAUCUGAUGAUGAGAACAAGGCUAAUGAUGGAGAACCUUCAUCUACGGAAACUGAGCAGUCUAUUGGGAAAACUAAUAUGGAUGAUAUACUUAUGGAUGAGUCCCAGGCAUCAGAUGAGGUUCGAGAUUCUGGAAAUUUCGUUGGUGGAACCGAUCUAAAUUUGAACUUAGGUCCGAAAGACCCCGACGGUGAAGAUGAAGGUGAUACAGGUAAGCAACACGAGGCUCGAACAGAACACAGAUUGAAGAGGAAAUCUGUUACCCCUGACCUCGAGAUGAGAAUGUAACAGGCGGCUUCAUUUAUUCCUUGGGUUCUUUAUUAUUACAGUUUCCUUUUUGGGCCAUUUAUGUAAUUUUCUUGACAUACUGUAUACGUGGAGAGACAAGUGAACACAAUCACAACUGCAUAGUGAAACGCCUGCGUUGUGUUGCCAAAUAACGUUAAUGAAACUUUUCUUUCGUUUCGCAAA